GAGAAAAAAAAAAGGUAAAACAACUCUUAAAAUAAAAAUAAUAGACGAAUGGAAAAUCCCUAAUUUCUAGUCCCUGCUAGUUUGCAACUUGUCCCAUCGUCUCCAGUUUCUCACUUAAUUACUACCAGAUUUAUAAUCUUGCCUUCUUCUCCAACUCAAUCAUGCAACAGGGCGGAGGAAGUUCAGACACGGAGGUAACGUGGGAAGAUCAGCAAAACAUCAACAAGUUUGGCAGAUUGAACAAUCGUUUGCACGACCUUCUUGAUGAAAUCAAGAUUGCUAAGGAAACUAACGAAAAUCUCGAGGAUGCAAGCAAUGAGUUGAUACUUACUGACGAGGAAGUGGUGCGCUUCCAGAUCGGAGAGGUUUUUGCUCACGUGUCUAAGGAUGAAGUUGAGACUCGAAUUGAUCAGUUGAAAGAAACGACUGACAAGAGCUUAGAGAAGCUGGAGGAAGAGAAGCAAUCAAUUACCGCACAAAUGGCUGAAUUAAAGAAGAUUCUGUACGGGAAGUUUAAGGAUUCUAUUAACCUCGAGGAGGAUUAGUUUGAUGUUUAUGCUUUCAUGUGGCUUGCUACUCUGUGAAACUUACAUCAAGGUUGUAGAAUUAUCUUCAUGAAUUACAGGCCGAUAUGUUUGUAUACAUAUCAGCAGUGAAAUGAAUUUUGUUACUUUCUCUACAAAGUUUCGUUGCUGCUAA